GCCUUGAAACCCUUCUCUCUUUUUUGCCCUAAUGGAUCUCUACUUUCCCUUUAGCUUUACAACUUUUGCUCUCUUUCUACCUUUGGUCUUCCUGUUUCUCACCAAAUGGAAGAAGUCCAAAGAUGGUAAAAAACUGCCACCAGGUCCCAAGAAAUUGCCUAUUAUUGGACACAUGCACCUCGUAAGUUCACUUCCACAUCGUUCUUUCAGAGAUUUAGCCAAAAUAUAUGGACCAUUAAUGCACUUGAAGCUCGGUGAAACUUCAACCAUUGUCGUAUCUUCACCCAAAAUCGCCAAAGAGGUAUUGAAAACUCAAGAUCCUACUUUUGCAGCUAGGCCAGGAACUCUAGCUCUUGAAAUUAUUUCCUAUAACCAUGCCGCCAUUUCAUUUAGUCCAUAAGAUGAUUACUGGAGACAAAUGCGAAGAAUAUGCAUUUUAGAACUCUUAAGUGCCAAGCAGGUGAAAUCGUUUGGAUCCAUUAGGAAUGAUGAGGUUCUUAAUCUCGUCAAAUCUAUUAGAUCUUCUGCUGGAAAACCAAUAAAUCUCACAGAAAAGAUUAUCUCGACAAUGAGUGCCACGACUUGCAGAGCGGCGUUUGGUAAGGUAUGCAAGGAUAAAGAAACGCUGAUAAAAAUAAUGAGGAAAGCUUUAGCCUUGUCGGGAGGCUUUGAUCUUGCCGAUCUGUUUCCUUCAUUGAAGAUGCUUAAAACCCUUAGUUGGAAUAAGCUAAAGUUGUUGGCAAUGCGUCGCAAGCUUGAUGAGAUUCUUGAUGGUAUAAUUGGUGAACACAGAGAAAAUUUGGUAAAAAUGAGUAAUGGAAAUGGAGAGCUAGAUCAAACUGGAGACUCAAAAAGAAAGGGAAAUGGAGAGUUUGGCAAUGAAGAUUUAGUUGAUGUCUUCCUACGAAUAAAAGAGAGUGGUGAACUCCAGUUUCCAAUUGACAAUGACAAAAUCAAAGCUGUUAUUUCUGAAAUGUUCUCUGCUGGUACAGAAUCAUCAUCAUCGACAAUCAAUUGGACAAUGGCAGAACUCAUGAGGAAUCCUCGUGUAAUGGCGAAAGCACAAGCUGAAGUUCGAGAAACCUUCAAUAGACAAAAAACCACUGAUACUCAAAACUUGAAGUACCUAAAGUUGGUGAUAAAAGAAACUCUUAGACUUCAUUCUCCUCUUCCUCUUAUUCCAAGAGCUAGCAGAGAAGAUUGUGAAGUCAAUGGAUAUUUUAUACCUGCCAAUGCAAAAGUGUUCGUAAAUACGUGGGAAAUCGGAAGAGAUCCCAAGUAUUGGACUAACCCAGAAAGUUUCCAACCAGAGAGAUUUGAGAACAACCCUAUUGAUUUGACAGGAAAUAACUUCGAAUAUCUUCCGUUCGGGUCAGGAAGAAGAAUAUGUCCUGGAUUGACAUUUGGUUUAACUGGCGUUGAGCUUCCAUUAGCUCAACUUCUCUAUAACUUCGACUGGAAACUCCCGGAAGGAAUCAGUCCAGAUAAUUUAAACAUGAUCGAGAACAGUGGAAUGACUGCAUCAAGAAAAGAAGACCUCUACUUAUUUGCUGAUCCUUUCACCAACGACUUAUCCUAGGAAGAUCAUCUGCUGUGAAUCUUGUUAGUGUUUGUUGUGAUGCAUCUCAUAAAUAAAACAUGCUUUUGUUUCUUUAAUAUAUAUAUAUAUAUAUAUAGAAGUGUCCCAACUAUUUGGGAGACGACGUUGAAUAAAUUGU